AUCCAAGUUUGGCAUUCUAACAGAAACCCACAGUUAAUCCUCAACUACUAUCUCGAUACAAUCGCAGAACUUGGCCAUAUGCCGCUGAUCACUCAAUCCGAUUUAGGGACCAAAAAUUAUGGCAUUGCAAACGCACAGACGUUUCUUCGCCAGCGCUAUGACCCAACCCUGCAAGGAACUCUGCAACAUCGUUGGAUGCGCACGAAGAAAAACGUAAUGCCGGAAAUCACUUGGUCACAACUCCGGUGCAGGUUCACACCUGGCUUCGAGAAUUUGCUGGACGAAGGUGUCAUUGAAGGUUGGUACGACUCAGCGGAUACUCUCCAA